AUCCGCUCCAGAAUGUCGGGCCGUAUAUCGGGUGCCGCCAAAUGCGGCGACCAGGCCCCGCCUUCUGGGAAUCGCCCUCUCUGGAACUAGCAAAGCGGGCUGGCCAACGGGAACGCCCUUUAUCGCCGAGACGAAGAUGCGAAGCCCCUUUUGCUCGACAAAACGUGCGCUUCUGAGAUUUGCUGCCAGUCCUCGUCUCGUGCACUUUCCUCCCUCGCUCGCUCCCUCCCCUCGCUCCCCUCGCUCGCUCGCCCGCCAUCGCUGCCUUCCUUCCUCUCCCUCUGCCUCUGCCUCUGUCGAUCAUCACCGCCCAUCACCACGUCGUCAAUUUUGCGCAGGGAUACGAAGUGGGCCGCGUGCCAGAGGGAGCAGCAGGUGGGGCGAUCGCGCCGAGUUGUGCGACGAGGAUGGGAGUGAUCUGAGAGGAGAUGAGAUGAGAUGAGAGCAGAGGAGGUCGUGGGGAUGCGGAGUGGGGAGAGUCUGUGAGGGGCUGAGUGAGUGCGUGCGUGCGUGCUCGCGGGUGAUUUUUUUCCAGAGGUGGAGCGAGGAGUUGGUUGAUCUGGGGAUUUUAUUUUUUUUGGCGGGAGUGGUUUGGAGAGGGCGGGCGAUGGAUCGAUGGAUUUUGUGGAUUCAGCGGGUGGAGACGAGGGAGUGAAGCGGGAGAUUGGGAGGGAGGGGAGUGUGAGCUGAUUUUGGGUCGAGAAUUGGUGGCGCGUUGAGGAGGGGAUCGAUUUUCCCAGGGGUGGAAAAGUUGUCGAAAUGGGGAGGAUAAAGCCGCAGGCUUUGUUGCUGCAGAGCAAGAAAAAGAAGGCGCCUGCACGAUUCAGCGUUUUGACUAUUAUGGCGUGCAAUCUCGUGCUCAUUUUGUUCCUGCUGUCCAUGGUCUUCCUUCACAGGCACAACAACAAACAGGUUAGGGAUUCUGAUUCCUUCAAAACACGUCAAACGGGUGACAGUGCGUCAGAGUUCGAGGGUAAAGAAAACGAAGGAGGGAAUCGGGGGAAACUUGCCCGGCGAUUUGGAGCAUCCGAUGGUGAUAGCGUCGGAACAACCUCCAAGUUUGCGAUCCUGAACACAACAAAAGGACAGAUAACUCUAGAACUCUUUGCGAAAGAAGCUCCGAAAACCGUCAUGAACUUUGUCACUCACAGUGAAGCAGGUUAUUAUAACCGUCUGAUAUUUCAUCGAGUUAUCAAAGGAUUCAUGAUCCAAGGUGGAGACCCCAAUGGUGAUGGAACUGGUGGGAAGUCAAUAUGGGGUGACAAAUUUGAGGAUGAAUUUAAUCCAGGCCUAAAACAUGAACCAUUCACAUUGUCCAUGGCAAACGCUGGUCCCAAUUCAAAUGGUUCACAGUUUUUCAUAACUACCGUGGGUACACCUCACUUGGAUAACAAGCAUUCAGUUUUCGGACGUGUUGUUCGCGGACAAGAUGUAGUGCGGGAAAUCGAGGAUUCAGAAACAGACAAUCAAGAUCGGCCAUUAGUACCGGUGGUGAUCAACAAUAUUACGAUAAAGGAUUCUUUGUAGCGAAGCCUCUGUAGUCUUCGCAGAUUGUGAAUGUUGCGCUUGUUCACCAUCGUAAUUGGCUUUUUCACUUGAUUCUGCAAGUUUCGACCAGACUCGUCGCGAGCGUUGACAGCCCGAAGUUGGCAGGAGCUGCUUUCCGCCCCUUGCAAACUCUGCAUUGCAAACGAGGAAUAGAUUGUGUGCACCAAUGCAGUGUGGGCAUUUCCCCGUCUAGUGGUGAUUCUCCGUACAGCUGUUUGUGCAGACUGUACUGGCAUCUCAUCACCCAGGCUGCAUUGCACUGUCAGCAAACAGCAGUAGUAGUUCACGUUUUGUUGCAGGCAGCUUACAGAUUACAGAUUGUUAGGUGUGCCACAUACUUUCGCAGAGAAAGUAAGGGUUUGUAGUGUUGUACCAAGUUUUCAGUAGACCGCUAUUUAUUUAAAGGACACCAUCCGUGAUUUGACCGAUCAUCAGUAGUAGCUUGGUGUCUUGAAUAGUAAUUAAUAAAGUCAUCCUUUUGUG